GCCGGCGCCGCCCGCGGGCGCACCCACCGCGCCGGCAGCCCGCUCCCGCCGCCGCCGCCCAGCCGCGCGCUCGGACCGCCGUCGCCCGCAGGGAGCGACCAUGUCACCAUUUCUUCGAAUUGGUUUGUCCAACUUUGACUGUGGCUCCUGCCAGCCGUGCCAGGGAGAGGCCGUUAACCCUUACUGUGCUGUGCUUGUCAAAGAGUAUGUUGAAUCAGAGAAUGGGCAGAUGUACAUCCAGAAAAAGCCAACCAUGUACCCUCCCUGGGACAGCACCUUUGACGCCCAUAUCAACAAGGGAAGAGUAAUGCAGAUCAUCGUAAAGGGCAAAAAUGUGGACCUAAUAUCCGAAACAACUGUGGAGCUCUACUCCCUGGCCGAGAGAUGUAGGAAAAACAAUGGGAAGACAGAAAUAUGGUUAGAGCUGAAACCUCAAGGCCGAAUGCUAAUGAACGCAAGAUACUUUCUGGAAAUGAGUGACACAAAGGACAUGAGUGAAUUCGAGAACGAAGGCUUCUUUGCUCUGCAUCAGCGCCGAGGAGCCAUCAAACAGGCCAAAGUCCACCACGUCAAGUGCCAUGAGUUCACGGCCACCUUUUUCCCACAACCCACGUUUUGCUCCGUCUGCCAUGAGUUUGUCUGGGGUCUGAACAAACAGGGCUACCAGUGUCGACAAUGUAAUGCAGCAAUUCACAAGAAGUGUAUCGAUAAAGUUAUAGCGAAGUGCACAGGAUCAGCUAUCAACAGCCGAGAAACCAUGUUCCACAAGGAGAGGUUCAAAAUCGACAUGCCGCACAGAUUUAAGGUCUACAAUUACAAGAGCCCCACCUUCUGUGAGCACUGUGGGACCCUGCUCUGGGGCCUGGCAAGGCAAGGCCUCAAGUGCGACGCAUGUGGCAUGAACGUACAUCACAGAUGCCAGACAAAGGUCGCCAACCUUUGUGGCAUAAACCAGAAGCUAAUGGCUGAAGCACUGGCAAUGAUUGAGAGCACUCAACAGGCUCGCUGCUUAAGAGACUCUGAACACAUCUUCAGAGAAGGUCCAGUUGAAAUUGGUCUCCCAUGCUCCAUAAAAGGUGAAGCAAAGCUGCCGUAUGGACCAGCACCGGGGAAAAAAGAGCCUCAGGGGAUCUCCUGGGAGUCUCCCUUGGAUGAGAUGGAGAAAGUAGGCCAUCGUCCAGAACCUGAACUUAACGUAGAAAGACCAUCUCUACAUAUGAAAUUAAAAAUCGAGGAUUUUACCUUGCACAAAAUGUUGGGGAAAGGAAGUUUUGGCAAGGUCUUCCUAGCAGAGUUCAAGAAAAGCAAUCAAUUUUUCGCAAUAAAAGCCUUAAAGAAAGAUGUGGUUUUGAUGGACGACGAUGUGGAGUGUACGAUGGUAGAGAAGAGAGUUCUCUCCUUGGCCUGGGAGCAUCCGUUCUUAACGCACAUGUUCUGCACGUUCCAGACCAAGGAAAACCUCUUUUUUGUGAUGGAGUAUCUCAACGGAGGAGACUUAAUGUACCACAUCCAGAGCUGCCACAAGUUCGAUCUUUGCAGAGCCACGUUCUAUGCUGCCGAAAUCAUUCUCGGUCUGCAGUUCCUUCAUUCCAAAGGAAUAGUCUACAGGGACCUGAAGCUUGAUAACAUCCUGUUAGACAAAGAUGGACACAUCAAAAUAGCGGACUUUGGGAUGUGCAAGGAGAACAUGCUGGGGGACACCAGGACCAACACCUUCUGCGGGACCCCCGACUACAUCGCCCCGGAGAUCCUGCUGGGUCAGAAGUACAACCAUUCUGUGGACUGGUGGUCCUUUGGCGUCCUUCUCUAUGAGAUGCUAAUAGGUCAGUCACCUUUCCAUGGGCAAGAUGAAGAGGAACUCUUCCACUCCAUCCGCAUGGACAGCCCCUUUUACCCACGAUGGCUCGAGAAGGAGGCUAAGGACCUUUUAGUGAAGCUCUUCGUAAGAGAACCUGAAAAGCGCCUGGGGGUGAGGGGAGACAUCCGCCAGCACCCCUUGUUUCGGGAGAUCAAUUGGGAAGAGCUGGAGAAGAAGGAGAUUGACCCUCCGUUCAGGCCUAAGGUGAAAUCACCGUACGACUGCAGCAAUUUCGACAAAGAAUUCUUGAAUGAGAAGCCCCGGCUGUCAUUUGCAGACAGAGCGCUGAUCAACAGCAUGGACCAGAACAUGUUCCGGAACUUUUCCUUCAUGAAUCCAGGGAUGGAGAAGCUGAUAUCCUGAACUCGCCUCUCCAGACACACGAAGGGAUUUGCCUUCUCUCUGUGAACUGGUUCAAGUGACACUUCUUGGGUUCCUUUUCAACUUGGAAAAGAAAAGAAACACUCAACAGUAAAGGCUGAGCCCUUUGAGCUCCUCACCGACUUUGCAUCUGUAGCAGAAACCAGCUCUGCUUCACUAAUGACGAUGCCCUUUGGAUUCUCCCCUGUCAUCUCUCACAGCCACUCUUGAAGUUAGGUCCUUCCUCACUGUAGUUAUUUACUUGAAGAUGGCUCUCCGCACUGUGAAAGAUUUGAAAACUUAAUUUCACUCUAAGUUAUGGCUCUUCACCUGGGCACCAACUGCUGAUCAGUGACAUACGUGUUGGCUCAAGGAGCAGAGUCCAGACCUCUCAAGACUGAAACUGCACGUUGCCUGGCGUAGCACUGGCGUCCACUCGGCCGCAGACAAGUAACCACUAAACCCAUUUUAUUCUGUUCACACCUGGGCGAGUGUAAAGGGUAGGGGGUAGGGGAAGCCCUGAAUAGGUUCUUAUGGGAAUUCUUCAUAAUAAACAUAGCUUGUAACUUGA